AAGUAAUGGAAGAAGGACUGUUACGAAGGUCCAAUAAUGCAGAAGUUGGCGAUGAGCUGCCGCCAAGCAGUAGUAAAGGUGCCUCAGCCACACCUGUUGUUGUGCUCAGCACCAUGGUCGCUCUCUGCGGUUCUCUCUGCACUGGCUGCGUUUCAGGAUAUUCAUCAUCUACCGAAUCCGGACUUGUGGAAGAUUUGGACCUCUCUGUGGCAGAAUUUUCACUCUUUGGUUCUAUAAUAACCAUUGGAGGAGUGAUAGGUGCAUUACUGAGCGGAAAGAUAGCGGAUAUUAUUGGGAGGAGAGGUGCAAUGUGGUUCUCUGAAAUUUUCAGCCUUGCAGGUUGGCUUGCUAUAGCAUUUGCAAAGAAUGCUUGGUGUUUGGAUCUCGGAAGACUAUCCACUUGGUAUUGGCAUUGGGAUUAUUAGCUAUGUGGUA